CACGGCUUUCAGAAUUCGCGAUCGCAGGCGACUUGCGGCAGCCUUCUGAUUGGUCAACGCACUCUGCCGCACGUGUGCGGCGUCAAUAAGGUUCAGUUGCGCAUUCCGUGUGCACCACGUGUAGCCCAUUUUACUACUGUUCUAACUGCGUCACUGCGUGUUUGUUAAACAAUUUGGUGUACACGCCGCGCCGACCGCGAGCGACUUGGGGCUCGUGAAGGAAUAUCAGCGUGUCGUCAAUGACGUUAGAUAUCAAGGAUUUAAUAAUCGGUGCUAAUAUUCGACUCGACAUCGGUGUUGAUCGGUGUCAACUAUUCGGCGGGAAACAGCAGAACGGGAGAUACUAUCGAUAUCGUCGGCCUUUUUUUUUGUUGGAUAAGCAAUCGGUAGGACGUAGGACUUUUCUCACCACGCUGCGAUAAUAAACCGCAGUCAUGUACAAUUUAACGGAAGGAGCGUUGGAGAGAAUCAUGCGGGGCACGGACGUCGAGAAACCGGUGCUCCAAGUAUGGGGUUACAAAAAACUACCGAGAUCCGUUAAUAAGGAUGGUGUCACUACCGAUCGCUACAGAUUGCUAGUGUCCGAUGGACAGAGGUAUAACUCGUUCACCAUGUUGGCAACUCAAUUAAAUUAUCUUAUCACGGAUGAAAUUUUGACCGACAAUGCAAUCUGCAGAAUAUUAAACUAUCACUUAAGUUUAAUGAACAACAGUGGCAAAGAAAGACCCGUGAUGGUUAUAUUGGGUAUUGAGGUGUUGGUUUCUGGCAGUAAAGUUGGGCACAAGAUAGGCAAUCCAACUAAUAUAGACAUUAAAUCAGAUGCUGAAGUCACAUCUACAUCCACAUCUCCUUUUCCAACUAAUGGUGCGGCCAAAAAAGAUUCUUCAAAUCAUCAUGCCUCUUCUGAUAUAUCCACAACACCAAUCGCUGCAUUAAGUCCUUACCAAAACAGAUGGGUGAUCAAAGUUCGCGUGACUAAUAAGUCUCCAAUCAGAACAUGGAGCAACUCCCGUGGAGAAGGCAAGCUUUUUUCCAUGGAUCUGAUCGAUGAAAGCGGCGAAAUUCGAUGUACCGCAUUCAAAGAUCAAUGCGACAAGUUCUAUGAAAUGAUAGAGCCUGGAAAGGUGUACUAUAUCUCGCGGUGCACGCUGAAGGCAGCGAACAAACAGUUUAAUAUUUUGAAAAACGAUUACGAGAUGACGGUGACCGGCGAUACAGAGAUCGUGCCUUGCCACGAAAACAGUGAUGACAUCCCGACGUUGCAGUUUAAUUUCUGUCCCAUAAGUCAAGUAGAAAACAAAGAAAAAGAUGCCUUAAUAGAUGUCUUGGGCGUCGUUACAACUUUUAGCGAUGUACAACAUAUUGUACAACGAAAUACCGGCCGAGAGCUCAUGAAGAGAGAUGUUGAUAUCGUUGAUGACAGCGGCACAAUGGUGCGCGUUACACUGUGGGGAAAGCAAGCCGAGGACUUUGAUGGUUCUAAUAAUCCGAUCUUAGCCAUUAAAGGAGCGCGUGUGAGCGAAUUUAAUAGUGGAAAACAUUUAUCCCUUAUAAUGUCUUCCGUACUUGAAAAGGAUCCUGAUCUUCCUGAAGCACACAGAUUGCGCGGAUGGUACACUUCAGUCGGCCAUUCGCAGAACGCUAAAUCAUUGUCUAGAGCAGGUGGAAGUGGUGACUUC